AUGUCUACCGAUGUUCAACAUGUGCCAAACACCAGUGAUGAGAGCAAUGCUGCGGACAAAAAUGCGGAUGAUGGCGAAGGAGGGAUACAACAACCAGACCAGAUGCAGAAAACGCUGUUGAACUUAGUAUUUCGAUCCAUGAAACGGACCCAUGAUAUGUUUAGCAAUGACUACACGACAUUUCCGGAAUUAUCAGAAAAAGAUUUGAAUUUCGUUCGAUCUCUCAAAAAGCGAUGCGAGUAUAGUUCUGUUAUACGACAUGUAGAAGAGGCUAAGAAACGGCGGGAACAAGAGCUACUGAAGUUACCGUCCAGUCAACCAAGUGUUGGAAUUGGAUCUGUAGUAAACUCGUCAGACAGGCCAAUGGCCAUCACCGAUGGGACAGGGAAGGUUGUUCAGACUGGCAGUUCUCAGGGACAAGUGCUAACCACUCUCCCGGUAGGUUCAAGCGGCGGCAAAUCAGAUGAUAAUACUACUCGAUCAUUACUGCCGCUCCGCGCACCAAUGAUGGUCAAACCCAAAUGGCAUGCACCUUGGAAACUCUAUAGAGUGAUUUCUGGGCAUACGGGAUGGGUACGGGCUGUCGAUGUUGAACCGCAAAAUCAGUGGUUCGCUAGCGGUGGAGGUGAUCGUAUUAUAAAGAUCUGGGAUUUAGCAACGGGAAAGCUCCGACUUUCUUUAACUGGUCACAUCAGUUCAGUGAGAGCAGUUAAGAUUUCUCCUCGACAUCCUUUCUUGUUUUCUGGAGGAGAGGACAAGCAGGUGAAAUGCUGGGAUCUUGAGUAUAAUAAAGUGAUUCGACACUACCACGGUCAUCUCAGUGCGGUACAAGCGCUGAGUAUUCAUCCAACACUGGACGUACUUUUCAGUUGCUCUAGAGAUUCCACCACAAGGGUAUGGGAUAUGCGUACUAAAGCUCAAGUACACUGUUUGGCUGGACAUACGAACACCGUAUCUGAUGUUGUAUCCCAAGCUGCUGAUCCUCAGGUGAUAACAGCAUCGCAUGAUUCUACUGUUCGUCUUUGGGAUUUGGCCGCGGGACGGUCAAUUUGUACGCUUACGCACCAUAAGAAGUCAGUGAGGUCACUCGUGCUUCAUCCGCGAUUGUUCAUGUUUGCCUCGGCAUCACCUGAUAACAUUAAACAGUGGAAAUGCCCCAAUGGGGAGUUCAUGCAGAAUCUUUCUGGUCACAAUGCAAUAGUAAAUUCAUUGGUUUGUAAUGAGGAUGGCGUUCUCGUAUCUGGUGGUGAUAACGGUUCAAUGUGCUUCUGGGACUGGCGGUCAGGAUUUUGUUUCCAA